UCCACGAAUGCUUGUGGAGAGAUUGGCCGCAUCCCAUAUGAAUGGGCUCGAUGCUUAUUACCACUUGUGAGGGACAAGAAAGUUAGAAUUGAUGGGCAUUGUAAAUCCGCUCCACCUGUAUUAGGAAUUAUGGACAGCAUUAUUCUGUCCGUCAGCGUGUAUAUAAACAGUUCCAUGUUCCAAAAGAGCCAUCAGGCUUCACUGAAAGCAGCCUCAAAUGAUGAAUCAGUUAUUCAUCCUCUGCCAACGCUUUUCCAAUUGCUGGGGCUCUCUCCUUUUCAGAAGGCAGAAUUCACUCCAGGCGAUUUGUAUACGAAGAAGCGUCCAUUGAACUUAGAGGACAGCUUUAAUGUCUCUGCACCAUUGUUGCCUAUUCCUAAAUUCAAGAGCCAAUCAACUCUAGAUGGAAGUAAGAUGGAAAAUGAGGAGUCAAUAUCUGACAAUGAUCUUGACAAAAUUGUUGGUGUUGCAGACAGCUCUGAAUUACUGGAAAUGGGACCUCCAAGUACUCUUCAGUGUGAACUUCAUCCAUAUCAGAAGCAGGCUCUUCAUUGGAUGAUUCAACUUGAGAGGGGCCAUUGCCUGGAUGAAGCAGCAUCAACGUUGCACCCGUGUUGGGAUGCAUACCGGCUUGCAGACAAAAGGGGGCUUGUUAUAUACUUGAAUGCAUUUUCUGGCGAUGCAACAACAGAAUUUCCAAGCACUCUUCGGAUGGCCAGAGGAGGAAUUCUGGCAGAUUCUAUGGGGCUUGGGAAAACUAUCAUGACCAUAGCUCUUCUUCUAACACAUUCUGAAAGAGGUGGUUCAUUAGGAAACCAAUUGACAGCCCAGACUUUGACUGGAAAUGGUGAAGCUAGCCUUAUUUCAGAUCAAUCUCCAACGGCAAAAAAAGCGGCAAAAAUUUCUGGAUUCGAAAAGCUUUUGAAGCCAAAAAACUUUCUCACAUGUGGUGGAAACCUUAUUAUCUGUCCAAUGACCCUUAUAGGUCAGUGGAAGGCAGAAAUUGAAACCCAUGCACAACCUGGGACUUUGUCGAUUUACAUUCACUAUGGGCAGAACAGAUCAAGGGAUGCUCUCGUUCUAGGCCAAAGUGAUGUUGUGCUCACAACUUAUGGAGUUUUAGCCUCAGAGUUCUCAGCAGAGAAUGCUGAUGUCACUGGGGGACUCUUCUCAGUGAGAUGGUUUAGAGUGGUGCUAGACGAAGCACACACAAUAAAGUCUUCAAAAAGCCAAAUUUCCAUGGCUGCAGCUGCGCUUGUUGCUGAUCGUCGAUGGUGCCUUACUGGCACCCCUAUCCAGAACAACCUAGAAGAUCUUUACAGUCUUCUUCGAUUUUUGAAGGUGGAACCAUGGGGAAGCUGGGCAUGGUGGAACAAACUUGUUCAGAAACCUUUUGAGGAGGGUGAUGCGCGUAGUUUGAAGUUGGCCCAAUCAAUAUUAAAGCCAAUUAUGCUAAGAAGAACUAAAUCUAGUACUGACAAGGAAGGCAGGCCAAUUUUGGUUCUUCCACCUGCUGAUAUUCAAGUGAUAUAUUGUGAACUUACAGAAGCAGAGAGGGAUUUUUAUGAUGCUUUGUUUAAAAGAUCAAAGGUGAAAUUUGAUAAAUUUGUCGAGCAAGGACGUAUUCUUCACAAUUAUGCUUCAAUAUUGGAGUUGCUCUUGCGUCUUCGUCAAUGUUGUGACCAUCCAUUUUUAGUGAUGAGUCGGGGCGACACGCAAGAGUUCUCUGAUCUGAAUAAGCUCACAAGACGCUUUCUUAAGGUUGGUCAGGACAUUGUGGAUGGGCAAGCUAGAGAUGUACCAUCACUGGCUUAUGUUGAGGAGGUUGUUGAAGAGUUACGAAAAGGGGAAGUAGGAGAGUGCCCGAUAUGCCUUGAAGCUUUUGAAGAUGCUGUAUUGACACCAUGUGCUCAUAGACUAUGCAGAGAAUGCCUCUUAGCAAGUUGGCGAAGCUCUACUUCUGGUUUUUGUCCUGUUUGUAGAAAGAUGAUUACCAAGCAAGAGCUUCUCACAGCUCCUACUCAAAGUCGCUUCCGGAUUGAUAUUGAGAGAAAUUGGGUCGAAUCAUCUAAGGUUUCUGCACUUCUGCAUGAACUCGAAAUUCUUCGCUUAGCAGGGUCCAAGAGCAUUGUUUUCAGCCAGUGGACUGCCUUUCUUGAUCUAUUGCAGAUUGCUUUUUCUCGGAGUGAUAUUCAAUUUCUUCGUCUGGAUGGGACCCUUAACCAGCAACAACGUGAGAAAGUAAUAAAGCAAUUCUCAGAGGAAGAUAACAUCAUGGUUUUGCUAAUGUCAUUGAAGGCUGGGGGAGUUGGGAUCAACUUAACAGCUGCAUCCAACGCUUUUGUCUUGGAUCCCUGGUGGAACCCAGCCGGAGAACAAGCUGUAAUGCGCGUUCACCGCAUUGGACAAACUGAAAAAGUAAUGAUCAAAAGGUUCAUCAUGAAGGGAACUGUAGAAGAAAGAAUGGAAGCAGUGCAAGCACGCAAACAACGGAUGAUUUCUGGUGCUUUGACUGACCAAGAAGUUAGAUCAGCACGCAUCGAGGAGCUUAAGAUGCUUUUCGCUUAAAGCAGACAAGCCUGCUGCUAAGUUGUGUCAACAAUUCUUUGCCUCCGACAGAGUCGAACUCCAAUUCCUGGUUCUGUCGGAGUUGCAAUACGUCAAGAAAGUGCAUUGGAUUUCAUUUAUCUCCUCGCCACUUUCGCUCUUGACCUAUAGACUGAAUUGAAGCCCAAGUUAUAGCUGUUGAGAAAGAGAUAAAUGGAACGGAUGCUGCUAUGAAUGUCAAUCACAUAGCUCCAUCAUUUCUCUGCAGUUCUUAGAGCUAUGAUCUGAAAUUACUCGAGGCUGAGUUGGUGACUCGUUUGUAUUCGUUUCAUAGGUAAUUAUGGGGGAUUUAGGAAUUUUCUACUAAGGGCCAUAUUGGAGACACUGGUCAGUGGUCAGGACUCAGAAACUGAUGAUGAUUGUUGUAGCUGCAUCGGUGUAUCUUGUGUUAUUGGCAAAAUUCAAAAGUUGGCCAAACUUGUAAAAUGAUUAUUAUAACUCUUAGCAAAACCAACUUCAUCUUUAUGGAAAUUACGUCCGAUUUACCAUCCCCA